AUGCUUUUCAUGAAUUUGCCAGUUGAUGUUAUUCUGUGUAUAGCAGACUUUCUUUCAUACGCCGACCUCGCGUCUUUAAAUCGUACUAAUCAAAACCUCGCGUAUCUACUAACACCCUUUCUGUACAACUCAAUCCUCAAGUCUGAACAAGCACCCACAGAUCCAUAUUACGGACUACCAUGGCCUGUAUGGAUCAAUUGCAUCGGAAAAUGGCGCUCCCCCUUAUUGCUCAACUAUUUUGAGGAGACGCCGAUGUCAAACUUGGCGUACACAGGUCUGUACCGUGCCACUCUAAUCCACCUGGCGGCCCAACAGGACAACUGUGAUCUGGUUGAGAUCCUGAUUAGUAGAGGAUUCGCUCCCGAUGAGAAGGACUACUUUGGGAAGACUCCUUUACAUUACGCUUUGAACAAUCAAAAAGAGCAGAUGGCAAACUAUCUCCUUGAUCUCGGAGCAGACGUAAUGGCCAAAAAGGGUUACAGCCUCUUGCUUGCGGCAGAGGGUUGCUCUCCUGAGAUGGUGGAGCGUAUCGUCGAGAAAAUGGAAGCACUGGAAGCGCGUUUCAAGCCCUUUGAGUUCACAGGCUUUCCAACAGAUAACACGGUCCGAACAAUCAAGGAUCUAUCUCUUAAUGCAGCCAAAAUACGGCGCUCGACGGAAAUUGCCGAACUUCUGAUUCGCUAUGGAGCCGAUCCCGAAUGGGCGUCGAAUUCUCAGGCAGUCAGUAUUUUUGCAGCAUAUAUGGACCAAUUGGAGGAACCUUUCGUUCCAGAGUUCUAA